UUGAAUUAGGUAACGGCAGCAGCGCGGGAGCUGUGGCCGGUACGCGAGGCCCGGAGCGGGGCUGACACGGACCGACGCGAUAGAUCCGCGCUUCCCAGCUCGGGGCCCGGCAGGUGAGAGGCGCCCGCUCCCCGGGCAAUGGGAGCGGAGAAGAAGCUGCUGCAAAUCAAAGAUGCGUUCGAGAUGGCUCAGAAACCUCAUCAGAACCAUGCAAAGCUAGUGGCAGCUUUGAAGCGUACCUACAAUCAGUUGAAGGAUAAGAUGAUUUUUCAUGAGGAGUUUGUUCAUUACCUUAAGUAUCCUAUGAUAAUCUACAAGCGGGAACCAGCAGUGGAACAAGUGAUAAAUUUUGCAGCUAAGUUUGUUACUUCAUUUGAUCAGCUGGAGAAAGAAGAUGGUAAUGAGGAAGAAGAAGAAAACUCACUUCUGAGUUAUUUGUUUAAUUUUCUGCUUGAGUCUCACAGUGCGAACAGCCAUGCUGUUAGACUUCGAGUGUGCCAGCUUGUUAAUAAGCUUUUGGGAAGUAUGCCAGAAAAUGCCCAGAUUGAUGAUGAUCUCUUUGAUAAAAUUAAUGAAGCCAUGCUAAUUAGACUGAGGGAUAAGAUUCCAAAUGUGAGACUCCAAGCUGUACUGGCAUUGGCUAGACUUCAGGAUCCCAAUGAUGAGAACUGUCCUGUGGUUAAUGUUUACAAUGCUUUGCUUGAAAAUGAUUCAAGUUCAGAAGUGAGGCGUGCAGUGUUGUCAUGUAUUGCCCCAUCAGCUAAGACUUUGCCAAAAAUUGUAGGCCGCACUAUGGAUAUAAAAGAGGCUGUCAGGAAACUGGCAUAUGAGGUUUUGGCAGAAAAAGUUCACAUGAGAGCUUUGUCCAUAGCUCAGAGAGUAAAACUAUUGCAGCAAGGACUUAAUGACAGAUCUGAUGCUGUUAAGGAGGUGGUGCAGAAGAAACUUCUUCAAGCCUGGUUACGGUUGACUGAGGGGGAUGUCCUAGAAUUGCUUCACCGGUUGGAUGUAGAAAACUGCCCCAAAGUGGCUGUCUCAGUGCUUAAUGCCAUGUUUUCGUUAUCUCCACUUAGUGACUUAGUUCAAAACUGCAAAAACCUUGAUAACAGGAAAUUGAUUCCAGUGGAAGAUCUAACUGCUGAGAGUGCUUUAUAUUGGAGAUCCCUUUGUGAGUAUCUAAAAUCAAAAGGGGAAGAAGGUGAAGCUUUGAUGGAGCAGAUUUUGUCAGAACCUGCCACAUAUUCAGAUUAUCUGUUGAGUUACCUUCAGAACAUGCCAGUUCUGAGUGAAGAACAAAGGGAAGAUUUUUCCUGUAUUGAAAACUUGCUGACAAAAGAAUUUAUAGGUCAGCAGUUGAUUCUUAUUAUAGGCUGCAUGGAUACCACUGAAGAGGGAGGAAGGAAGCGUCUACUGGCCGUCUUGCAGGAGAUUCUUAUUCUACCUACUACUUCAACAUCCCUUAUAUCUUCACUUGUUGAGAGAUUGCUCAGCAUUAUCAAAGAUGAUGACAGGAGAAUUCAUACUGUUGCAGAAAUUAUCUCAGAGGUUCGUGAGCCCAUUGUUACAGUUGACACUCCUAUAGAUGCAGCUGAAAUAAGAAAGCAACAACUUAAGCUGGCUGAAAUAAAAGUGAAACUUUUGGAAACAAAAGAAGCUUUGGAGGAAUGUAUUACUCUGCAGGAUUUUAAUCAUGCAUUGGUGUUAAAAGAGAAAAUAACAGAGCUGGAAUGCAUCAAGAGUGAUAUGAUAAAAGAAGCCGAACAGCCUGAAAUUAAAGAAAUGCGCGUGGAGAAGAAUGAUCCUGAAACGCUACUGAAGUGUUUACUGAUGUGUUAUGAACUCCUCAAGCAGAUGUCCCUUUCUAAAGAAAUAGGCCCAACAAUGAAUGGGAUCAUUGAAUCCUUGAUACUUCCUGGAAUAACUAAUGUCCAUCCAGCUGUAAGAAAUAUGGCAGUUUUAUGUUUGGGUUGCUGUGCCCUGCAGAACAAAGACUUUGCCAGUCAACACCUUGCAUUGCUGCUACAGGUUUUACAAAUUGAUGAUAUUAAGGUAAAGCGAAGUGCUUUAAAGGCAGUCUUUGACCAGCUGAUGUUAUUUGGGAUAGAAACAUUCAAAGCAAAAAAAGACAAUGAUUCUCACAGUGAAGAAACAGAGAUUAGAAAUAGAGAUUGUGAAGAGGAGGAGACUAAAAUAAAAGAGUUGGAAGAAGAGACUGCCACUGUUCACAACCUCCUACAACUUAUUUCCAGUUUCUUAGACAGCGAGUUUUCAGAACUCAGGACAGAAGCUGCAGAAGGCCUGGCCAAGUUGAUGUUCUCUGGAAGGUUAAUUAGUGCCAAAUUUCUUUCUCGUCUCAUUUUGUUGUGGUAUAAUCCAGUGACAGAAGACGAUACUCAACUUAGACACUGUCUGGGAGUUUUCUUCCCUUUAUUUGCUUAUGCAAAUAGGACUAAUCAGGAAUGUUUUGAGGAAGCCUUUCUUCCAACUCUGCGAACACUGUUUAAUGCUCCUGCAUCUUCACCUUUGGCUGAAGUAGAUAUUGCUAAUGUUUCUGAACUGUUAGUGGACCUGACAAGACCAAGUGGACUGAAUCCUCAGGCCAAAAAGUCCCAGGAUUACCAAGAUUUAACAGUGCAUGAUAGCUUAGCCGUGAAAAUCUGCAAUGAGAUCUUGAUAGACCCAACUGCACCAGAUGUUCGUAUUUAUGCGAAAGCCUUGAGUUCAUUAGAACUCAGCAAAUAUUUCACAAAAGAUCUUCUGGUUCUACUUGACGAGAUCCUUGAGAAGGUCAAAGAUAAGUUGUGUCAAAGAGUGAUUGAGAAAUUCAAGAUAAAUUUAAGCAAAGGAAAUGAUAUAGACAAAGACCGCUCUGAAGUAGAACAGGAAACUGGCACCACAACAUCUGAGCAUGUUAAUCCAAAUGAGGAAGAAAAGAAUAAAGAAGCUGAUCAAAGUCCUGUUAAUGAACAUAAAGAUAAUGCUCCUACAAAGCAGAAAUCUACAAGAAGCAAAGCUACUAGAGGGCAGAGAAAAGUAAACACAGAGGCUAGGUCUGUGAACACAAGAAGAAAUCGUAAAACGGUAGCGUCUGACAGUGAAAGGUAAACAGUCUUGUGUAAUGAAUGCACAACGUCCCUCCUGCCACUCUAACUUCCUUCCUUCUUUCUCGCAAGCAAACUUAAUUCAAACCCUUUCAUCCAUAUGACCUUCCUUUUUAAAAUUAGAUGUUCCAAGCACAGAAGAUAAACUACAUGUUGACUAUAUAUUCUAUAGAAUUAAUCCCAGACUUCUCAACAAGGGUAAUAAAAAAUAAGUAAAAGCUGUCCAUAAAUGUUCAGUCUCCUUCAGAAGUACUAGUUAAGAAAAAGUAAGGAAAUAAAACAAUUUCUUUACUAGCUAAGGCUCAAAGCUAAGAAAUCCAACCUGCAUUAAUUUUUUUCCAGUAUAUCUUCCAGUUUUGUUCUUGUGUAACAGAUAUGUAGGGAAGGGUUUGUAAUGUUACCUCUGCUACACUAAUUGCUACUAUCUUGUUGCUAUUUAGUUUUUUAAUUUGUAAAUUGAUAAACUUUAGAAACCAACAUUUGGCAAUAAACAAUUGAAUGCCAUUCACUUCACCCCAUUACACAAUGCUGUUAUCUGUGGUAUCUUAACUCUAACCGUGGACCCACAUCUGCCUAUGGUCAAGCACGUGACCCAUUAACUUCAAUAUGAUCAGGCCCUUUAAUUUGUCUAAACAAUUUUUGUUUUAUGUUAAUAGCCCCUAAAAGCUAAUCUUGCUGUUUUCCAUACACUUUAAUUACUAACCUUUGGUUAUCCCUUUGUGGUGGUCGCAUAUUCUAAUUGAUACAUAGCUAUUUAAAAAUAAACUUACAACCUCUAUCCAGUGCAGUGUCUACAAUAAAGAAUGUAGUUUAUUAUUCAGUGGUUUCAAGGCAAUGUAUUUACAUUUAAAUUUGCUUACAACUUUUUUGUGGCCAUUUUGAAACUUUUUAUAUUUAGUGGAGAUGAAGUUCCA